GCAUCAUGUCGACUGGCCGCGUGCGCCAUCUUGAGAGGAAUAAAAAAUCUCGGGCGAUGCGCGCGGCGCGCUGAGGCUGCGCUGAUCGGACCCGACCGGAGCGGAGCGGAGAGCUUCUCCACGGUUUGGGCCGCGCUGUGAUUCCCCGAGGGCGACCAGCGGGACUGUACCGGGUCAGAGAGACCCACGGCGACGGCGCAUCUGCUGCGGAGCGACGCGAUGGCAGGGGUCGGAGGAGGAGGGAACGAUUUCCAGUGGUGUUUCUCGCAGGUGAAGGGAGCCAUAGACGAGGAUGUGGCGGAAGCGGACAUUAUCUCAACAGUUGAAUUUAACUACUCGGGGGAACUACUAGCUACAGGAGACAAAGGUGGAAGAGUCGUCAUAUUUCAGCGAGAACAAGAGAGUAAAAAUCGCCCACUCUCAAGAGGAGAAUACAAUGUGUACAGCACUUUCCAGAGUCAUGAACCGGAGUUUGAUUAUUUGAAAAGUUUAGAAAUUGAAGAGAAAAUCAAUAAAAUCAGAUGGCUACCCCAACAGAACGCUGCUCACUUUCUGCUCUCCACAAACGACAAAACCAUCAAGCUGUGGAAGAUCAGCGAAAGAGACAAACGAGCAGAGGGCUACAAUCUGAAAGAUGAAGACGGGCGUUUGAGAGAUCCUUUUAGAAUCACAACACUAAGGGUGCCUGUGCUGAUGCCAAUGGACCUGAUGGUGGAAGCCAGCCCACGCAGAAUAUUUGCAAAUGCGCAUACAUAUCACAUCAACUCCAUUUCAGUAAAUAGCGAUCAUGAAACAUACCUGUCUGCAGAUGACCUAAGAAUAAACCUAUGGCACUUAGAAAUCACAGAUAGAAGUUUUAACAUUGUAGAUAUAAAGCCUGCCAAUAUGGAGGAGCUGACGGAGGUGAUCACGGCUGCAGAGUGUCACCCUCACCAAUGCAACGUGUUUGUGUACAGCAGCAGCAAGGGCACCAUCCGCCUCUGCGACAUGCGGGCGGCAGCCCUCUGCGAUAGACAUAGCAAAUUUUUCGAGGAACCUGAAGAUCCAAGCAGCCGAUCGUUCUUCUCAGAAAUCAUCUCCUCCAUAUCUGAUGUCAAGUUCAGCCACAGCGGCCGAUACAUGAUGACCCGAGACUACCUUUCCGUAAAGGUGUGGGACCUCAACAUGGAGAACCGGCCAGUAGAGACCUACCAGGUACAUGAAUACCUCCGUAGCAAGCUGUGCUCGUUGUAUGAAAAUGACUGCAUUUUUGACAAGUUCGAAUGCUGCUGGAAUGGAUCAGACAGUGCCAUUAUGACAGGCUCCUACAACAACUUCUUCAGGAUGUUUGACCGGAACACACGUCGGGACAUCACGCUGGAGGCAUCCCGGGAGAACAGCAAACCGCGUGCCAUGCUCAAACCACGCAAAGUGUGCACCGGAGGGAAACGGAAGAAGGACGAGAUCAGCGUGGACAGCCUGGACUUCAACAAGAAGAUCCUGCACACUGCCUGGCACCCAAAAGAGAACGUCAUAGCAGUGGCCGCCACCAACAACCUGUAUAUAUUCCAGGACAAAAUUAACUAAGAAAAGUAUGGGGAAAAACAGCAGAGAAAAUCGAAAUAAAGAAAUAUCCCCACCUUAUUCCCCCAGGCACAGGACAGGAUACAUGAAAGAAAAAAAAGAAAAAAAAUCUUGUACUUUCCAUAGCCUAGUCCUUACAGUCAGUAAAGAGAAGCUGCAGCCUUGUUCUCUUUACGGAAGAAUUGAUGCACUCGUAUUUUUUAUUUUUUUUCUUUCAUGCGUAGCCGAGGGAAAUGAGACCACGUGUUUCUUUUACCUAUGCUUUGUCAUGAGGGUGUAGUCAAGACCCCUUAAAAAAAAAAGCCCCACCACCUCGCCCCUUGAAAAACCAGGAGAAGGCCAAUACCCACCCUUAUCCAGCACCCCCAAGCACAGCUGAGCAGAAUCGACAAAAAGCACUCAACAUGGAGGCCAAAUCAUCUUUUCAGCAGUUAUAGCUGUGUUCUUUGUUUUUUAUUUUUUCCAGUCUGAGCCUUAGUUUAUUUGCGUGUUGUCGACCAAAAUGACGGAAAACACCUGAGGAAGAGCAUGUCCAUCGUCUCGCUGUCAGAACAGUAUGUAGUCACUUGAAAACCCAGGCCUUUAGUAAAAGUGACUUUUUUUUUUUUUCGGGGCUUGUCGAUGCCUGUCAACAUUCCUCCCCCCGGCCUCAUUCACAGGCCUUGGUGUUUUAACUUUAAGCGCUUAACAGAGGUCUCCAUUUUGGUCAGUGGACAGAAUACAUUUUUUCCCCUCCUUUUUUCUUUAUUUCUCAUGCAUAGUAACAUCUACUCACUGACUGUGUCUAUAUAUAACCACACCGUCUUGGUGUCAAACCACUUAAUAAAAGUAACAAAACUACACAGAGAAAGCGUUUUUUACAUUAUGAGCAGGUAUGUAUGGGCUUUUAUUUUUGUCUUCUGUAUUUUGCAUGUGAUCUGCAUUUUAUGUGGAUUUGGAGCGCCAGUAAUCAAAUGUGAAGUCAUCCUGCUGAUCUCUUGCCAGCUACUUAAAAGGAGAAGUCCACCUACGUGCCAGUUCACCUUCGUCAUCUUGGGUUGUCUGUGGCCGAUGCAGUAGAGGAUGCUUCUUGCUUCUGUGGUUUGCAGUUGCUGACUUGCCAGUGAGCCCAUUAGAGCCUUGAAGGAAAACCUUGGGGCACUGUCUGGCGAGGCAGAACCUCUUAGCAAGAAUGCUUUACCUGGGCAGUAAUGCUAGACAGCUGAGGAAGACGAGCAAAAAUGAUGAGGUGGAAAUGCCUCUGUAAGCAGCUGGUUAAACAAUUCUCAGUAUAGUACUACUUGAAGCUGCAGUCGCACUGUACAGUUGAAGACAUUUGGCCAUUUUAAGUGUCAGUAUUGCCGUUGACUCUCCAAAGUCCAGCUUUGGGGCUGACAACUUUUUUCUUUUUUUUUUAAAGGGAUGCUGCAGCCUUAAAGCUCUGUAUGACUAAAGUGGGGAAUCCCAUAAUGAUUCUCCAUAGUAACUGAAUAUCCAAUUGUAUCGUUAAUGCCCCUCCCACCUCCUCCCCCAGCCUUUACCUAAGAUCCUUAUCCCCACUCUCCUUUCUCACAAUGCAUUACUUCAGUCCAUCGGUGCGUAUACUUGCUGCUACAGUAUGUGUGACUUCGUAUCUGGACACUACUAAAAUAGACAUCUUGUGGUCAGUGACGAGAAAUAUAGAACACUUGGAAAGAUUCAUCUAAGCAGUCGAGUCGAGUGCCUCUUCUGAAACAAACAAAAAAACCUGGCUUUCCUCCAGUAAAUCCAAGUUCAGUUUUGAGUGCUGAUUUGAGGUAUUUCUGCACAAAUUGCUCAGCAGAGCAGCAAGGCUGUAAUAUUUGUGCAUAAGAUAUAUGAAUCCUUAGCAGUCUCACAUCAGGACAUAGGUUUAUCGGAGACAAAACGCACGGAUUGUGCGCUGCUAGAUUUUGACGGGCAGCGACAAACCUUGUGAUUGAAGGGGGGGUAAGGAAAAUCACAAAUGUAACUUAACGGUUGAAAAGUACAAAGUUGUAUAGUUGAUUGUGACGCUCUAUAAAUUUGGGAACAAUACAGGUCAAAGGACGUACUCUCUCUUUCUCUCUCUGGCCUUGUUCCUUGUUAAAUAAUGAUGAUGCUAACAUUGUGGAAGUGUACACUUGUUUGAUUAUUUUUGACCAAAGUUAAAUAAAUUUUAAUUGUGUUUACCUGA